AUCUCCACCACCUCCCUCGCUCUCCUCCUCGCCAGCUCAGUGCUCACUCUUGCCUGUGCUCGCACAUACCCUCGCGCGCCCACCGACGCAUCCGCCGGCAUCGCCUGCCGCUGCGCCGCCACUCCGCGUCGUCCGCGCUCUGGCUGAAGCUGGCGCGUCCGCCCUCGCCUGCUGCUCGUGCCUUUGCGCACACGCCACACGGGCGCAGCUCUCGUCGCAGCCUCGCUGCUUGCUCGCCGCCGCUGCUUUUCAGUCGGCUGGCAUCUCGCUGCCUUUGAGCGUCUCCUCCUGCCCGCGGCUCCGCCACGAUGGACGGCAUUCUUGACUUCAGUCGAGACCUCGACAUCGGUCUGAUGGACCGUGUCGUGGGUGCCAUGUACACCUCCGUCGGCGCAGACCAAAGGACGGCGCAGCAGGUGCUGGCGCAGUUCCAGGAGCACCCAGAGGCGUGGCAGCGCGUGCCCGCCAUUCUGCAGCAGAGCUCCAGCGCACAGACCAAGUACAUUGCGCUGCAGAUCCUCGACAAGCUCAUCACGACGCGCUGGAAGGUGCUGCCCGUCGACCAGCAGCAGGGCAUCCGCAACUUCAUCGUCGAGACGAUCAUCAGCGUCUCGUCCGACGAGGCGGCGCUGCGCACGCAGAAGACGUACAUCAACAAGCUCGAUGUGACGCUCGUGCAGAUCCUGAAGCAGGAGUGGCCGCACCGCUGGCCGACGUUCAUCAGCGACAUUGUCUCGUCGUCGCGCACCUCGCUCUCCAUCUGCGAGAACAACAUGGCGAUUCUGCGCCUGCUCUCCGAGGAGAUCUUCGACUACUCGGCCGAGGCCAUGACGCAGGCCAAGACGAAGAACCUGAAGAACCAGAUCUGCGGCGAGUUUGCCGAUGUGUUCCAGCUCUGCAUCGAGGUGCUGGAGAAGGCACAGAAGCCCAGCCUCAUCAAGGCCACGCUCGAGACGAUGCUGCGCUUCCUGAACUGGAUCCCGCUGGGCUACAUCUUCGAGACGAGCGUGAUUGACCACCUCAUCGGGCGGUUCCUCGAGGUGCCCGAGUUCCGCAACGUGACGCUCAAGUGCCUGUCGGAGAUUGCGGGCCUGAACGUCGGGCCCGAGUACGACGCCAAGUUCGUCGUGCUCUUCAACAUGGUCAUGACGGCGGUGAACCGCAUGGUGCCGCCGAGCACGAACAUCGCUGCCGCGUACGAGUCGUCGUCGGACUCGGACCAGGAGCUGGUGCUCAACCUGGCGCUCUUCCUCUGCAACUUCUUGCAGGCGCACCUCAAGCUCGUCGAGCACACCGAGCACCGCGACGUGCUGCUGAACGCCCACCUCUACCUCAUCAAGGUGUCGCAGGUGCCGGAGCGGGAAGUGUUCAAGAUCUGCUUGGAGUACUGGAGCAAGCUGGUGGCCGAGCUGUACGAGGAGAUCCAGCAGCUGCCGAUGCCAGAGAUGAACCCGUUGCUCGGUCUCAACCUCGGCAACGGCGCAGGGCAAGGCGCAAACGCGAUGAACCUGCGCAAGCACACGUACGCCGACAUCCUCAGCAACCUGCGUCUCGUCAUGAUCGAGCGCAUGGUCAAGCCCGAGGAGGUGCUGAUCGUGGAGAACGACGAGGGCGAGAUUGUGCGCGAGUUCAUGAAGGAGAGCGACACCAUCGUGCUGUACAAGUCGAUGCGCGAGGUGCUCGUGUACCUCACGCACCUCGACGUCGCCGACACGGAGACGAUCAUGACGGAGAAGCUCUCAAAACAGGUCGACGGCAGCGAGUGGAGCUGGGCGAACCUGAACACGCUGUGCUGGGCGAUUGGCAGCAUCUCGGGUGCUAUGAGCGAGGAGACGGAGAAGCGCUUCCUGGUCACCGUCAUCAAGGAUCUGCUGGGCCUGUGCGAGAUGAAGCGCGGCAAGGACAACAAGGCGGUCGUGGCGAGCAACAUCAUGUACAUCGUCGGCCAGUACCCGCGCUUCCUCAAGGCGCACUGGAAGUUCCUCAAGACGGUCGUCAACAAGAAUUUCGAGUUCAUGCACGAGACCCACGAGGGCGUGCAAGACAUGGCAUGCGACACCUUCAUCAAGAUUGCACAAAAGUGCCGGCGACACUUUGUCAUGCAGCAGUCGGGCGAGCAGGAGCCCUUCAUCGACGAGAUCCUGCGCACGCUGCACCGCAUCACCGUCGACCUGUCGCCGCUGCAGGUGCACACGUUCUACGAGGCCAUCGGCUACAUGAUCGCCGCGCAGCCCAACAAGCCGACGCAGGAGCGCCUCAUCGCCAAGCUCAUGGAGCUGCCGAACAACGCGUGGGACUCGCUCAUGGCGCAGGCACACAGCAACGUCGACGUGCUCGGCAACCCGGAGAACAUCAAGAUUCUCUCCAACGUGCUCAAGACGAACGUCUCGGCGUGCUCCUCUGUCGGCACCUUCUUCCUGCCGCAGAUCGGCCGCAUCUACCUCGACAUGCUGGCGCUGUACCGCAGCGUGAGCGGCGUCAUCAGCGCCAAGGUCGACUCCGACGGCCUCGUGGCGACCAAGACGCCGCUGGUGCGCGGCCUGCGCACCAUCAAAAAGGACAUUCUGCGUCUCGUCGAGACGUACGUCAAGCGCGCCGAGGACCUGGAGCAGGUCAACUCGAACCUCAUCCCAUCGCUCCUCGACGCCAUCCUCAGCGACUACCACAACAACGUGCCUGCCGCGCGCGACGCCGAGGUGCUCAACGUCGUCGCCACGAUCACGGGCCGUCUCGGCUCGCUGCUGACCGACAAGGUGCCGCCGAUUCUCGACGCCGUGUUUGAGCCGACACUGUCGAUGAUCAACCGGGACUUCGCCGAGUACCCGGAGCACCGCGUGGGCUUCUUCAAGCUGCUGCGCGCCAUCAACUUCAACUGCUUCCCGGCACUGCUCUCGCUCGAGCCGGCCAAGUUCAAGCUCUUCGUCGACGCGCUCGUGUGGGCCUUCAAGCACGCACAGCGCGACGUGGCCGAGCAGGGCCUUAGCACGGCACUCGAGCUGCUCGGCAAUAUCUCGACGCAGGAGCCGAGCGUCAGCGGCGGCUUCUACCAGCAGUACCUGCUCGCCAUCAUCCAGGAUGUCUUCUUUGUCCUCACCGACUCGGACCACAAGGCCGGCUUCAAGACGCAGUGCGCGCUGCUCGCACGCAUCUUUGAGCUCGUCGAGAGCGGCAAGGUGCAGGCGCCGCUGGCCGAGGGCAUCUCGGACAACCGCGCGUACAUCCGGCAAUUCUGCGCCAACCUGCUGAAGAACGCCUUCCCGCACGUCGAGACGGCCUACCUCGAGGCCUUUGUCAACGGCCUGGCGCAGGACGCGCAGGACCUGACGGCGUACCGCAACCGCAUCCGCGACCUGCUCGUCGUGUCGAAGGAGCUCUCCGCCGGCGAGGGCGCGGCCGAGGAGCUCUUUGCCGCCGAGGACCAGGAGGAGAAGCGGCGCGCGGCCGCCGCGGCAGACGAGCGCCGCGCGGCGGCAGUGCCGGGCAUGCUGAAGCCCAGCAUGGUCAAGGACGAGGACGAGGAGCUGUGACUCAUUCACGAACUGCUGUACUGAGCACGACGCUGCGAUGCUGGCGCCGUGCUGCCCGCCUGCCGCGCAUUGCACGGGGCGGGCGCCUUCACCCUCACACUCCUCUCUGUGAUGCCCCCACUCUCUGUUCCCCCACUCUACCCUCUACGGUGAUAAUCGACACGCUGUUGCAGUCC